UGCCAGCUGAGCAGGGCGGAGCACAAUGUUGACUGUGAGCACAGAGUUACUGUCAGAUGAAAGGGCUCUUUGCAGCGAAACACAAUGCUGUGAAUAUCUCAGGCAGCUGAUAGAGGAGCAGCCAGACCCAUGACCGAGAUUUGGGUGUGAACAACUUGGGACACCAUGUCUCUCUUGCUGAUAUCCUUCCUGUUAAUUCUUCUGCUUGGGAUUUUGUUGUUAUGUUUCAUUUUCAGGUGGCUCGUAUGCACCCUGGCUGUGCGAUUCUUCCAAACAGCCCUGAAUGCUGAUCUAAAGAUCAAAUCAGUCGGGCUGUUUUCUGUCCAAGGAGUUAGUAUCCAGUUUCACCCCCAGCAUACUCUGGAAAUUGACAGAAUAUGGAUUUCAAGUAAACUUCUCAACCAGGAUUUGCCGAGGUACCUGGCGUUGUGUGUUGGCGAAACCAGAGUUAGGUUUGACUUGCAAGCACCACUCAGCCCUACGGUAACGAAGAGCCAUGGGAAAAAGUCUGGGAAGUUUUCCGUCAGCCCCACAACGCUACGCUUUCUGUCGCAACUACUGUCGUUCCACGUCAGCUCGAUCAAUGUGAUGGUCCUGAACCUGGCACUGUCAGAGUCUCUAUGGCACAUGACAGUUACAGGCAUCACCUUGUUACUUGACCACCAAAGUAAAAGGUUGGCGUGGGACUUCUCAGUUGGACAGCUAAGCAGUAAAGUGCUUAAAAGCAGUCAGUUAGAUAUAUGUUUGGCUGAAGUGGCCCUGAGCCUGCUGCUGUCUGGAGAGGUGAGCCUUCCGGAGAUGAAGCCAGGCGGUCUGUCCCUGAAUGUGAGGACACUGAUCGCAGAGCUGCAUGAAGGACUAUUUCUCAGCCAACUCCUGCUGCCCUCGUCUCCCAAAAGGAGCAUUCAGGAUGCAUCUGAGUGUGAAAACAUUGAGUUUAUCCAGACUGAGGCGGUGGAAUGGUUUCAUGGGCUGGUUCCCCAAAAAGUCGAUGUGGAAUUUGAUAAUACAAAUGUAACUCUGUCCAUGCACAGCCAGAAAAGACACCUGAACUGGACUCUGAAGUCUCUAAAAGUCUGCUAUGGACGUGACGAUGAACAGCUUCAUCUUAAAAGCUUCACUCCAGAGCUGAGCUUUCCUCAGAGCAGAAUGGAGCUCGUUCUAGAGGAUGGACUUCUCCUCUCACAAAGUAGGCAAAGAAUCCUGUGUGUGAACACGCUGAAGACGGUCCUGCAGGUUACAUCAGUGGACAUCUCAGGGUCGUUCACUGUCAACACUUGCAUCAUCCACUACCGUCACCAGGAGUUCUCCCAUUGGCUAAAUCUAUUUCCAUGGGAACAGCUUAUCCACAGGAAGGCAGCACAUAGAAAAAGUCCAUUAGAUUAUUUGCCCACCCUCCUUUUCCUCAGGCGCCUCCCUCACUUAGAUGCCCCUGUGAUGAUCACCUCCUCCGUAUCCAACGUCAACGUGUCAGUUCAGCUGGGAGACACCACGCCUUUUGCUCUCGGGUUUCUCUCUGUCAGUGCAGAACUGCGGCAUCUUCUUGACAUUAAAGUUGACUACGAGAGCACAGAGUCCCAGAAUGUGCACCGACGUGCCUCACUGUCCCUGGACAACUUCUGGUGGAGGGUGGGUCAGGGGUCUCAUAUCCAACAAGCGCCCCACCCUCCUGGGAAACAUGUGUGGGGAGAAGCACUAAUUCUAGACACACUUAGUCUUCAGGGGAGUUUAAUUCGGCCCCACAUGGAGUCGAGCAGCCAGUGUCCGAGUUUGAGCGUGGAGUCCAGCCUGAAGGGGCUUCAGGUGGAGCUCUCGGAGACCUGUGCUCUGUGUCUGUCUCGCCUGCUGUCCCUCAUCUGUGUUCCUCGUGACGUGGUCUCUCCGCUGCCAGAUGUGACCUCACCGCUGCCAGAUGUGACCUCAGUGUCUCCCUCCAGUGGCCACACUGUCCAACCACAUCUGCUCUUUAAACUCGACUAUUGUCUGGAGGAUGUUAAUGUGUUCACACUAUCCAAUCUAGCAGGAGCUGUGUCUCUGCGAAUGGACACUGUCAGAGUGCAGAGCUCUGCAGACAGCUCCACGGUGUCUCUUCAGGGUGUUAGCCUGUCAGCGAUCAAAGCACUCACAGAGAACAUGGAGUCGUGUAGCCCCUCCUCCCAAACCCCCAGCCCUGUGCUCAAACUCACCAAGAUAGCCUUUUCUUACUGCAUCACCACCCACACCUUACAGGUUCAAUGUGAAGAGGAGCUCUCUGUGGAAUGGACGCCACCUGACCACAUGGUCUUAUAUCAGCACCUGAGUGAAGCUCAGGCUUGUUGGCUUAUGCUUUGCGGAGAGAGAGGAGAGGACAGUCCAGUCGAAACCACAGAAAGUGAAAUCCUGCCGGGUCAGAGCAGAGGGCUGUGUGUGCGCAUUGCACUGGGCUGCACUCGAUUGACAGCCCAUGUUAGUGAACACAACUACAUCCUCCUGCACACAGAAGCCCUCACAGUGUCCAAACACACGGGCUCCAUGCACAUACGCUCUCCGUCCGUCAUCUUCAACUUUGAUGGCCACAACAUCGUCACCUUUAAGGGUCUGUCUGUGGACAUACACUCGGAGCUUCCUGAGAUGUGGCUGCACAGAGAAACCUUCCCCUUCCUCGAAACUCCCCACAACUGUGUCGGGGUCCUCACUUGCCCCUCUAUGACUGUGGAGUUCCCUUAUCAGUACGACUUCUCAAACACCUUUGACAUGGCCAUCAGCGUGCAGAAGUGGCUGAAGACCCUGCAUCGCUCCGCAAGCCAAGCCCCCGCUGCCCCCCGCCUGCCUCCUGACCUCGUGUUCAAAAUCAGCCAGUUCUCCUUCGUCUUCCUGGACGAUAUCUUUGAAAUCAAGCUGCGAGACAACUACGAGCUGCUGAAGGAUGAGAGUAAGGAAAGUGCCAAGCGUCUUCAGCUUCUGGAUAAGAAGGUGGCAGAUUUGCGCAAGCAGCAUGGAGAGCUUCUCCCUGCCAGGAAGAUCGAAGAGCUGUACAGCUCACUGGAGAAAAAGCACAUCGAGAUCUACAUCCAGCGCUCACGCCGCCUCUACGCAAACACACCCAUGAGGAAGUCUCUGCUGACCUGGACUGUGUCCGACCUGGAGUUGGUAUUUCUGGCUGAUCAGUCUCUGCACGGGCCGGAGAAGGUGAGAGAGCAGCUCAGGGAUAUCGACAGGAUCAGCCCCUUCCCCAGAGACGGACUCCCUCUGGUGGUCCAGUGGUGCCGUGCUAUCAAGUUCAAACUGGCUGCAUUUUUGGUGAGAAUCCGGGAUUACCCUCGCUACCUGUUUGAGAUCCGGGACUGGGAGCUGUCGGGGCGUCUCAUUGGGACGGAGCAGGAUGGACAGACCAGGGCUCAUCGCAAAGAGACCGUCCCACUCGGUUCGCCAUGGGGAGACGUGACGGUCCACAGGAAUAUGCCACCACUGAAGUUCUACUAUGAUUUAAAAUCGAACAUCUCUCUGUACACCAUUGUGUGGGGGCCAUGCUGGGACCCUGCCUGGACUCUGAUUGGCCAGUCCGUCGACCUGCUGACCAAACCCACUGUGGAUCCCUCACCUCCUGUGGCCUGGUGGGACAAAAGUCGCCUCCUUCUGCACGGGCGCUGGGUUAUGGACAUCGACCAGGCCAACCUUCAUCAGCUGGCUACAGAGGACCCUUACAACACAACAGAAAACCUGCACUGGGAGUGGAAUAAACUGAACUUUGACUGGAACCCUGGCCAGUUUGUCUAUAAAGGAGAUUUAGAUGUUAAUGUCAGAACAGCGUCAAAGUAUGAUGAUAUCUGUUUUCUACACCUGCCCAACCUGUUUAUGACCCUUGACCUCCAAUGGCUUUGCCAUGGCAACCCCCAUGACCACCAUUCUGUGAUGCUCUGCUGUGCGGAGAACGUUGCAGACGUGACUUCAGGACAACCUCAUGACUCCUACAGAGCCUUUCGCUCCGAGAACCUCAACUUCUCCAUCACCAUGGACCUGAACCAGCACUGUGGCACAGAACCCUCCCAGCCGAGAAUGCUGUUGUACAGCAGCACUCUGCGCUGGAUGCAGAACUUUUGGGCCACAUGGACGGGUGUAUCUCGACCAAUCUGCAGAGGCAAGCUCUUCCACAGCCUCAGGCCUAUCCGCAAGAAGCUGGGUCAGCACUACAAACAGAUGUCCUACACAGCUGCCUUCCCACAACUACAAGUGCAUUACUGGGCCUCCUUUGCCCAGCAGAGAGGAAUCCAAGUGGAGUGCAACAAAGGACACGUCUUCACCCGAGGGGCACAGAGACUUAUUCCACAGGCUGGCACAGUGAUGAGGAGGCUGAUCUCAGAGUGGAAUGUGACUCAGAUGGUUAGUGAGCUGUCUCAGGUGACGGUUCACCUAAUGGCCUCCACCUGGGACGAGACAGCGGACCACCAGAUGAACGCUCAGGUGAAGAAGACCCAUCUGGUUAGCCUGUCCUCCCUGAGCUACCAGAGACAGAGCAACCGCAUGGAAGAGGAGGUGAACCAGAAGGAUGAGACGAAUGCCUCGUACACUCACAAACUGCGCCUGGUAGACCUGCGUGCGUCCUGGACCACCACGAACAGGAACAUCGCCUUUGGGCUGUACGACGGUUAUAAAAAGGCGUCUGUGUUGAAGAGAAACCUCUCCACUGAAGCUUUGACGGGUCUGAGGAUCGACACUCAGCUGCAGACAAAAAAGCUCAAACGCUCUCCUUCCAACUACUCUCCCACCACAGCCCCCACCACACCAGUGAUGCCCACCGUCAGAGCAGAAAAAAGUCAAAAUGAAGGAACAUCGAUGCUCCAGAAACUAAUCGAGGAAACAGACAAGUUUGUGGUGUUUUCAGAGGAGGAUUCUGGUGUCAGCGACCAGCUGUGUGGCAUUGCAGCCUGUCAGACCGACGAUGUGUAUAACCGCAACUGGUUUAUCGAACUGGUUAACUGUCAGAUGAUGCUGCGGGGCACAGAGACGGCAGGCUGCGUGUUGGUGUCAGCAGCGAAGGCUCAGCUGCUUCAGUGUGAGCACGACCCAUCCUGGUACAACGACACCCUGAAGCAGAAAACCACCUGGACCUGUCUGCUGGAUGGCAUGCAGUACUUUGCCACCAUGGAGCCCAACCCAUCUGAGCAAGAGGACAGACAGCUGUGGCUGGAGGUGAAGAACAUAGAAGAGCACCGGCAGCGUAACCUGGACUCGGUGCUGGAGCUGAUGGAGAGUGGCCAGGCUGUGGGAGGAAUGGUUAGCACCAUUACAGCAGACUGGAACCAACCGGCCCAGGUGAACGAGGCUCAGCAGGUCCAGCGCAUCAUCUCGCGCUGUAGCUGCAGGAUGCACUACAUCAGCUACAGUCACGACAUCAACCCUGAGGUGGCCACACAGAUCAAACCCCCAGAGCUGAGGAAUAGCCAUGAGAAGGAGGACCUGCUGAAGAAACAGGCCGGAGCUGUGGACACCUUCACGCUCAUUCACCACGAUCUAGAGAUAUCCACUAACCCCGUUCAGUACGCUAUGAUCCUGGACAUCGUCAACAACCUGCUGCUGCACGUGGAGCCCAGGCGCAAGGAACACAGUGAGAAGAAGCAGCGUGUGCGCUUUCAGCUGGAGAUCUCCAGUAACCCUGAGGAGCAGCGCAGCAGCAUCCUGCACCUCCAGGAGGCCGUCAGGCAGCACCUCGCUCUCAUCAGACGCCUGGAGAAACAGAUCUACUCCAACAUCAGGGCACAAACUGAGGAACUGAGCGGAGACGAGCUGAUGGAGAUCAACACGAGACUGCAGAACCAGCUGAACCAGGAGAAGAACGACAUGCAGAUGAAGAGUGAAGAGCUCAACAUUCUCAUCAGGUGUUUUAAGGACUUCCAGCUGCAGAGGGCAAACAAGCUGGAGCUGCGUAAGCCCCCGGAGGAUGUGAGCGUGGUCAGGAGGACAGAGAUCUGCUUUGCUCAGGCCCGCUGGUGUCUGACCGAAGAGGACGGCCAGCUUGGCAUCGCUGAGUUAGAGCUGCAGAGAUUUAUGUACAGUAAGCUGAACAAGUCUGACGACACAGCCGAGCAUCUCUUGGAGUUAGGCUGGUUCACAAUGAACAACCUGCUGCCCAAUGCAUCUUACAAGCGUGUGAGGGUUGUAAUCCGUCCGCAGAGUACAUGCCAGUCAGCACGGCAGUUUGCUUUGCGUAUCUUCAGUAAAGUGCGCCCCCCUGUGGGAGGAAUCUCUGUGAAGGAGCACUUUGAGGUGAACGUGGUGCCUCUCACCAUCCAGCUGAUGUACCAAUUCUUCAAAAGGAUGAUGGGCUUCUUCUUCCCAGGACGAAAUGUGGAGGAGGAGGAGGUCACUGAUGAGGAAGACAAGUUCAGAUUGGUCACUACAGGUAUCGCUGUCAAGUCCCGGCAGUCAUCAGAGGACACCAUGGGUGCUAUGGGCCCCAGCAAAGGUGUCACCCAGGGGCUGAACCGCACCGCGGGGGUCCGGCGGUCCUUCAGGAAACCUCCGGAGCAUCCUGUUGAUGACAUUGAUAAGAUGAAGGAGCGAGCGGCUAUGAACAACUCCUUCAUCUACAUCAAGAUUCCACAAGUGCCCCUCUGUGUCAGCUAUAAGGGAGAGAAAAGCAGUGUGGACUGGAAGGACCUGAACCUGGUUCUGCCCUGUUUGGAGUACCAUAACAACACCUGGACCUGGCUCGACUUUGCCAUGGCUGUGAAGAGGGACAGCCGGAAAGCUCUUGUAGCACAGAUGAUCAAGGAGAAGCUGCGUCUGAAGCCGGCCUCAGGCUCAGACCAGCGGGGGAAAGCGUCUGAGGGGAAGUUGGACAACAGCAUGCAACAGCAGGAGGAAGACGAAAAGGCUCGGCUCCUCAUCGGCCUCAGCUCCGCAGACAAGAGCUCCGGCAAGAAGAGCAUCUUCAGUCGGCGUAAGUGACACGACAAACAUCGUGCAGCUCGACUGGAACGUCCACGCAGCAGCUUCCACACUCCCUCUCUGUAAGAGGAUCAGGGACACACUGAAUAUCAGUCUGGCUUUGUGUAUCACAAUUAAAAAGGGAGAUAGUCGAGCAUUUCGUUUAUGCGGAUAACUUACUGUGUCAUGAGCCUGCUGAACAUUAAUCUUAUUUGAAAAAGAUACUCCAGAUGUGUCUCAGAUCUGAAUUUGUGGCAAACACCCCUGCAGGGAACUCAAAACAGCUCCAGUAUGAACCAGGGUGCCAUUUUGACCAAAUAUAUAUUAUUUUCUUGUUUAUUUACGGGCCAUUCAAAAUUCUUUCUGCAUUUCAUACACACAAUGAUGACCACUUGCAUUGAAUGUAGCGGGGAUAUUUUCAGUGUGUAGCGAGCACUUCACUGUCUCCUCUGCUUCUAUAAAUGUUAGACUGAGAGCACCUUUUCCUGCUGGCUCAGGAACGCUGUGCGUCUGCUCCAAUAACUCACCCAACUGAAAGCACCUUCAUCGCUGUCUGCUGUAGGAAAAUAUAUUUGAUUUUGAAAUUCCAUAAACGAAUAUAUUAUAUCCCUAUAUGUUUUAUCGAUUAUAUUUGUAAAAGGCUGUAUGAGUGUCUCUGACAGGAAGGCCUUUUCCCCACAAAUGACCACAAAAGAUUUUAUAUUUUACCUUAAAUGACUGUGUGCAUCCUCAGCUAGCUGGUUUACUGUACCUCACCCCUGUGCAAUAUAUCAAGAACAGAGCAGCAAAAACAUAUUUAUGUGUUGUAUAAUGUCGCAUUUGGUUUGAUGGUAUUGUGGAAAAUAUAUAUAUUAUGUUGCAGCUAAUGCAGAGUGUAUGUUUUGUAAUUUUAUUACUAAAGCACCUUUUUAUGCAAAGUAUUUUGAUAUUUUUGUAACCACGGUUGUCUUCUGUUUGAUUACUUGUAUAACUGUGCUGCUAAGCCUGUCACAUUUCUAUUAAAAAUAAUUACAAACGCAUCAUAUCACAAAAGCAGAUGUAUUCACAUUUCUAUCAGCUCUGUGGCUUUUUGUUUAUCUGUCAAUAAAAAGUGUUACAGUC